AUGAACGGCACGUCAAACGAUACAAAGGCUCCGUCCGCGACACACAUCCCCUUUGAGGAUCGUCCGGGGCUCUAUGGAUGGAAGACACGCAAUGAUCGCGGCUACGAGAUUCGCGAGAGACCUUCUGGUGAGCCCAGGCGCAUGAGGGUGAUUGGCGUUGGUGCGGGUGCCUCGGGCAUCAAUCUCGCCAAAGCGUUGCGUGACGAUGCUGAGAAUAUUGAGGUGGCGAUCUACGACAAGAACCCGGAAGUCGGCGGAACGUGGUGGGAAAAUCGCUAUCCAGGCGUCCGGUGCGACAUUCCUUCGGUUGUGUAUCAGUACACAUGGAACCCCAAAGUAUGGAAUGAAUACUACUCUGGAGGCGCGGAGAUCCUGCAAUAUCUAAAAGACACCGUGGAAAGCUUCCAGCUGACUAGCAUGCUACAUCUCCGUCACCUCGUCACAGAAGCUCGUUGGUACGACGAUGUGGGCAAGUGGAAGGUGAGUGUGACGAACUUGGAGGAUGGCAGGCAAUUUGAGGAUGAGUGUGAUGUCUUUGUCAAUGCAAUGGGGUUUUUGAAUAAUUGGCGCUGGCCCGACAUUUCCGGCUUAAAAGACUUCAAAGGCACUCUCGCCCACUCAGCGGACUUUCCAGAGGGUCUUGUGCUCAAAGAUAAACGCGUGGCCGUCGUUGGGAAUGGAUCGAGCGGGAUUCAGCUCGUCGCCGCGCUACAACCGCAGGUCUCUCAUCUCUUCACCUGGAUCCGCUCGCCCACCUGGAUGACGGCCGGAUUUGCUGGAAAGUACGCGGGGCCCGACGGGGCCAACUUCCGAUACUCGGAAGAGCAGAAGCGCCUGCUCGAGAAGAAUCCGGACUACUACCUGCAAUAUCGCAAGGCGGUCGAAACCGAGAUGGUGUCGGGCUUUGCCCGCUACCACCGCAACACACCCGAAUCCAAGGCGGCACACGACUUCGCGAGCAAAGAUAUGAAGACGCGGCUUGCGAGCGCGCCCAAACUCAUCGACACUUUGAUCCCCCGCACGUUUCCGGUGGGAUGCAAGAGGCCGACGCCGGGGAACGGCUAUCUUGAGGCUCUCGUGCAGGACAAUGUCACCGUCUUCACGGAUUCCGGCCUCGAAAAAAUCACAGAGAAGGGGGUGCUGGGUCCUGACGGGAAGGAGCACGAGCUAGACGCAAUCCUUCUCGCCACUGGCUUCGACACCUCCUGGGUCCCCCGUUUCCCCAUUAUCGCGCACGGUACGAAUCUGCAAGACGUCUACAAGGAGCGACCGGUGGGCUACCUCGGCGUCGCUGCACCGGGAAUGCCCAAUUAUUUCUCCGUCUACGGACCGUAUGGACCCCUCGCCUCCGGAAGCGCCAUGCCCAUGAUCACAGCCUACGUCAACUACAUCGUCCAGAUGGUAAAGCACAUUCAGCGAGAAGACGUCAAGAGCGUCACCCCUCAGCAGCAAGCGAUCGAACAGUACGCCGAGCACACGGCGCUCUUCACGGACCGCACAGUGUGGAAUGCACCCUGCCGAUCCUGGUUCAAGGGCAACAAAGUCGACGGUCGCAUUUUGCUGCACCCGGGCUCGAGGAACCAAUUUCUUGAGAUGAUGGCGCGGCCGCGACUGCAAGACUACGACUUUGUCUACCGCACGAAAAAUAUGUGGGCGUGGUUGGGCAAUGGCUUCUCCACGCGCGAUUUUGAUGGAAAGGAUUUGACAUGGUACUUUGGCUUGGUCGACGGGGAAGAUAGGCAGAAGCAGUAUGAUGUGCAUGAGAUGUACUAUGACGGUGGGAGCAAAACGGUGUAA